AAAAAAAAAAAAAAAAAAAAUUUCACUUAUAAAAACGUGAUAAAAACUUAAUGUUCAUGACGCAAAAGAUCCUUUCUUCACUUUCUUCUCUCCUCACCGCCAUGCAACACUCUCUCCGACUCCGCUCCGAUCAUCUUCCGCCGGAAACUUCUUCUCGUUUCCAUUUACUCCCACAAACCAAACAUGCAAAAAAUACUAAUUGUCGACUUCUCAUUAAUAACCCUUUCAAAAGAACAACAAAACUUCCCGAUUUCCCUCCUUUUCUCACUUCUCCGGCGACGUCACCACCGUCUCCGGUGAAACUCCGACCAACGCACCCCAAAUUAAACCCUCUCCAGAAGCUAGCGGCUUCGAUGCUGGACAAAAUUGAAUCCUCCCUCGUUGUACCAAUGGAACAAAAUAAACCACUUCCUAAACCGACCGAUCCAACGGUUCAAUUAUCCGGUAAUUUCGCUCCGGUUAAUGAAUGUCCGGUUCAAAAUGGUUUAGAAGUCGUUGGUCAGAUACCUCCUUGUCUACGUGGAGUAUACAUCCGUAACGGUGCUAAUCCUCUGUUUCCGCCGUUAGCCGGACACCAUCUGUUUGACGGUGACGGAAUGAUCCACGCCGUUAGCAUCGGUUCAGAUAAUUCUGUUAGUUACAGCUGCCGGUACACUAAAACAAACCGGCUUGUUCAAGAAGCAGAGCUGGGACGACCGGUUUUCCCUAAACCAAUCGGCGAGCUUCACGGCCAUUCAGGCUUGGCUCGACUAGCUUUAUUCGCGGCUCGAGCUGAGAUCGGCCUCGUAGACACGACACGUGGCAUGGGUGUAGCUAACGCCGGCGUCGUUUACUUUAACGGAAGGUUAUUAGCCAUGUCAGAGGAUGAUCUCCCUUACCACGUGAAGAUCAACGACCACGGUGAUCUCGAGACAAUCGGACGGUUUAGAUUCGACGAGCAGAUCGAUUGUCCAGUGAUCGCACAUCCUAAAGUGGACCCUACCACAGGAGAUCUUCACACGCUGAGCUACAACGUUUUGAGGAAACCUCAUCUCAGGUAUCUUAAAUUCGACACGUGCGGGAAAAAGACACGUGACGUGGACAUCACUCUUGAGCAACCCACGAUGAUCCACGAUUUUGCGAUAACCGAAAAUUUCGUCGUGAUCCCGAAUCAGCAAUUGGUAUUCGAAUUAUCAGAAAUGAUUCGGGGCGGGUCACCGGUUAUCUACGAUAGAGAGAAAAUGUCGAAAUUCGGAGUUUUAUCCAAGCAAGAUCCGACCGGGUCGGAUAUAAGUUGGAUCGACGUACCCGAUUGCUUUUGUUUCCAUCUAUGGAACGCUUGGGAAGAAAAGACCGAAGAUGGAGACCCGGUUAUUGUCGUAAUCGGGUCGUGCAUGAACCCGCCCGACACGAUUUUCAGCGAAUCAGGAGAACCGACUCGGAUCGAAUUAACCAAGAUACGGUUAAACCUGCGAACAAAAGAAUCGAACCGGAAGGUUAUCGUGUCCGGUAUUAAUUUAGAAGCGGGUCAAGUAAACCGGAAUUUUCUGGGCCGGAAAACCCGGUUCGUUUACCUAGCUAUUGCUGAUCCUUGGCCCAGAUGCAGCGGCAUCGCGAAGGUGGAUUUAGAAAACGGCGCCGUUUCAGAGUUCAAAUACGGACCGGGCCGGUUCGGCGGUGAACCGUAUUUCGUACCGGAGAAAGAAGGAGAAGACGAAGGUUAUGUGAUUGGGUUUGUGAGGGACGAAGAGAGAGACGAGUCGGAGUUUGUGGUGGUUGACGCGUCGGAGAUGAAGCUAGUCGCGACGGUGCAGCUGCCGGAGAGAGUACCGUACGGUUUCCACGGAACGUUCGUGAGCGAAAAUCAGUUAAUGGAACAAAUUAUCUAACUUAGGGGUAUAUUCGUAAUUAUGUUACCCCUCGUAAUUCUUAGUAUUUGUCUUUGGUUACUUUGUUGGUGGGUACAUUUGUGAAUAAGAAUUAAGAAGGGAUGUGAUGUUGUUUUUUUUCUUCUUUUAACUUAAUUAUUAUUU